CUGCAGUUUUGCAUUGGAUUUAGCUGAUCUAAUCUCAGCAAGAGGAGAUCCAUGUACACCCCAAGUGGCUCGGUAUUGCCCAGUGGGCGCAGGCGAAGAGGCCAAGAUGGGAGUACCUUGCCAAAGCAGCCAGAAAGGAGCCUGGCUUCUGCACUGCCUGGUGCCCUCUCCAUAACUGCCCUGUGUACUGCACUGGCAGAGCCUGCCUGGUUACGGAUUCAUGGGGGCACUUGCUCUCGCCAAGAGCUGGGCGUGGCUGAUGUACUUGGAUAUGUUGACCCUGAAUUGCUUGCAGACUACUGCAUGAACCCCCAGACAGUAUUGCUACUUCGGGUUAUUGCUGCUUUUUGUUUCCUGGGAAUUAUCUGCAGCCUCUCAGCCUUCCUGUUGGAUGUCUUUGGACCUAAACAUCCUGCUCUGAAGAUCACACGGCGCUAUGCAUUUGCCCACAUCCUCACAGUGCUGCAGUGUGCCACAGUGAUUGGGUUCUGUUACUGGGCCUCUGAGCUGAUCCUCGCGCAGCAGCAGCAGCAUAAAAAGUACCACGGCUCGCAAGUCUACGUUACGUUUGCUGUCAGCUUUUACCUGGUGGCUGGAGCUGGCGGGGCCUCCAUCCUCGCCACGGCUGCCAACCUGCUGCGCCACUACCCCACCGAAGAGGAGGAGCAGGCCUUGGAGCUCCUCUCUGAAAUGGAGGAGAACGAACCUUACCCAGCGGAGUAUGAAGUGAUCAACCAGUUCCAGCCACCUCCGGCGUACACACCAUAAUGCUACCGUCGGCUGACUGGAGGGAGAGGGCCGGGGCUUUCAUUCAGUC